AAGUAAAUUUAUAUUAUGUUCAUUAUAGUCAAUUGUAUAUAAGAAGUGAUCAUUAGGUAAGUGUCAGCAUUGUGUAUAAAACACUGACAAAGAUAUCUCUUUUGUCAUAGAUCAUUUAAGAUCAGUGAAGAUUACAUAAGAAUCAUGAGGUCACUAAUCUUAAUAUCUGUUUUGAUGGCUGUUUGUUAUUGUCGUCCCGAUACCUACACUGAUCGUUAUGACAGCAUCGACCUAGACGAAAUAUUAAGGAAUCGGCGCCUACUCGUUCCUUAUAUCAAGUGCAUCUUAGAGGAGGGCAGGUGUUCAGCUGACGGAAAAGAACUUAAAUCUCAUAUCAAAGAAGCCCUUGAAAAUGAUUGUGCGAAAUGUACCAAAGCACAGCAGAACGGGACAAAAAAAGUGAUUGGACAUCUCAUUAACAAAGAAAAUGACUAUUGGCAACAGCUUGUUGAGAAAUAUGAUCCCGAACACAAAUAUGUUGAAAAAUAUGAAAAGGAACUCCGUGCGUAAAAGUCUAUUAUGGAGAAUAGGUUUUUUGGCAUUAUUAAUAGUGAAAAAAAUAUAUAUCUCAAAUAUACACUUCAUUUAAAAAUAUAGACUGCAGACUAUAUUUUUAUAUAUUUUUUUAAAUAAAGGUGUUAACAAAGGCA